UUUCAUAUCCAUUCCUCCCCUCCCCUUCCGACACAGGUUUGGGGGAUCAGCUGUGAGGACCGAGCAAUCUACUUCCGUCAAGGCGUCACACCAAGCGAGCUGAGCGGGAAAAUGUGGAAAGCCAUCGCCUGCAACCGAGAGAGCGACCGAUCUCAAACCGGCAGCUCUACCAGCCUCCUUAGUGCUGGAUGCUUCUUUACGGACGACAUCAAAGAACAAAACGCCUCCGUCUUUCAGAGUGAUGGAGAGUCAGAAUCCCAUCUGAACGAUGCUCCUCUUCCUGGACUGGAUCCAGAGACCCUUGACAGUCCCCAUCCGGUCCCGGAGCUGGAUAUGGACCCAUUAGCCACCGUUCUGGAGGAAGCCGCUGCCGGGUCAGAUAGAGACCACCAAGCUGGUCCAGAUAAGCCUCCCUCCAAUCUGGACUCGCUUCCUCCCAAGCCUCAGUGGACCAACAUCGACCUGAAAGAAGCCAGCAGGAUGUCCAAAGCGACUGUGCUCCAAGACAAGACCCCCAGUCUGUCUUCCUUCUUACCGGCUGCGGUUGAAGACCAUUUUGCGACCGACGAUCUCCCCCUCUGGAUUUGGGUCUCCAGCAGAGGCUGCCUUGUGGAUUCCCAGAGCCCGCUGAAAUGGUUCACGGCUCAGUCAGCUUUAACCUCCUGCGCUCAUUCCUUGGCACUUUCCAUCAGCCCCAGCCAUACCGCCCAAUGGAGGAAGCAGAUCGUUCGCCAGCUGUCGGAAAGGACCCACCGAGAGUUGGACAACUUCAGACAUUAUGAACAAGCGGUGGAGCAAGUAAAGUGGGGAAAGGGGAGAGCGGGUGAUGGGGUUUUGUGGUGAUUCUACUGUCAAAAUGUUGGAACCAAAAAGUCUUCAAAGGAGAGAAUCAGAUUUGGGCUCGUGGUUAAGGCACCAAGCUAGAAACUGGGAGAUGGUGAGUUCUAGUCUUAGUUUAGGCAUGAAAGC